CAGGCCAUGAGACAAGACUCACAAAAUUAGAGUGGGAACUCACCGCAUUACAGUCCGAACAAGCAAAGGCACGACAACACAUGGCCACAAUGGAUGACCGGAGGAGGUGGAAGAACGUAAAGGUCCAUGGCCUUCCAGACACAGUUACUAUGACUGAAAUACCUCACCUGAUCCGGAGGCUUCUGGCUCAGUUGUUCCCCGACAAACAAACCAAACAGAUGCAACUGGACAGCUGCUACAGGCUCACAGCUUCACCCGCAACAGCUACAGGAGCACACAGGGACAUUAUAAUACGCUUCCAAGCUGGCCCUGACAAGCAAGAGUUCAUAGCUGCCACCCGUA